CCUCCCCGGCCUACCUAGGCGUUUCUGUCUUCACAUCGCAUUAGCCAGUGUAAAGUUUAACCGUGCUGGAUUAAAGAUCUUGUCAUCUUCAGCAAAGCGAGAAAGCUGCAACACAGAGGAGUCUGUCAUAGGAGAGAAGCUUCCCUUCGAUGGCAUCCAGACGGUUGGACAGGAUAAAAAUGAUGUGCUGGCAGUGAAGCAGACAACAACAUGGAGGGACAAUAACAAAUCGUCACUCUAGGGGUGCAGUCUUGGUUCGUUAUGACAAGUGGCUGUGUGGAAGAUGUCCACCCUUUCUACGACUGAUAUCACUGAUGUUGGUCAUGGGGACUCUCUGUGCCGUGCCAGUGAAGAGAGCCCUUCAGCAGCGACGGCAAAAGUGAAACAAGAGACUCUCAGUCAGACGGAGUCAUACGGCACCUCACACAAUGACCUGAACGACACGCUGCUCAUGGAGUCCGGCGACAUCAAGAUGUACCCCACAGAGGACACACCUGUACCAGAGGGUCAGCCAGUCAAGAGAAAGAAAGGCCCUGCUCCCAAGAUGUUGGGGAAUGAAGUGUGUAGUGUAUGUGGAGACAAAGCAUCGGGCUUUCAUUACAACGUGCUCAGCUGUGAGGGCUGUAAAGGUUUCUUCAGGCGCAGCGUCAUCAAAGGAGCUCGAUACACCUGUAAGAAUUCGGGCCGCUGUGAGAUGGACAUGUACAUGCGCCGCAAGUGUCAGCAGUGCCGUCUGCGCAAGUGCAGGGAGGCAGGAAUGCUGGAGCAAUGUGUGCUGUCAGAAGAGCAGAUCCGACUGAAAAAGAUGAAAAAACAGGAAGAGGAGACGGCACGUACCUCUGCAGUGGCAACACCCGGCCCUGCCCCCGAGAUGCCCCCUCUGGCUCCUGAACAGCAGGAGAUGAUCGAAAAACUGGUGGCCUUGCAGAAACAGUGCAACAAACGCUCUUUUCUUGACCGGCCCGGAGUCACUCCAUGGCCACAGAGUCAGGACCCACUCAACCGAGAGGUUCGCCAGCAGCGGUUUGCUCAUUUCACUGAGCUGGCCAUCAUGUCUGUGCAGGAGAUCGUAGACUUUGCUAAGCAGCUGCCUGGCUUCCUGGAGCUCACCCGAGAGGACCAGAUCGCCCUGCUGAAGACCUCCACUAUAGAGAUCAUGCUGCUAGAGACCUCCAGGCGUUAUAACCCAGCGAUAGAUAGCAUCACCUUCCUCAAAGACUUCAGUUACAACAAGGAAGAUUUUGCCAAAGCAGGGCUGCAGUUUGAGUUCAUCAACCCCAUCUUUGAGUUUUCAAAAGGCAUGAAUGACCUCCACCUGGACGAGGCCGAGUACGCUUUGCUCAUCGCUAUCAACAUUUUCUCGGCAGACCGACCGAACGUGCAGGAUCACGAGUUAGUGGAAAGACUACAGCAGCCAUAUGUGGACGCUCUCAACUCUUACAUCAGAAUAAAACGACCCAACGAUCAUCUGAUGUUUCCCCGGAUGCUGAUGAAGCUGGUCAGUCUGCGCACCCUGAGCAGCGUCCACUCAGAGCAAGUGUUCGCCCUGCGUCUCCAGGACAAGAAACUCCCACCUCUGCUUUCUGAAAUUUGGGAUGUCCACGAGUGAGCCAGCGCUCCACCUCCGGGACAGAAUGAGGCAGUGUCAGGAAAACAUAGACGGGCAGGGGUCCUCUACAGACAGAGCACAGGGUCAUGAUGUCUUUAAGGGCUGAAACGUCUCCCACUGUCACGAGAGGCCUGCUUGUAUCAUUCUCUUCCUUCUGUAUUUUGGACCCAGUGGUCAGUGAGCUGCUGUUGAUAGACUGUAUGGCCAGAAGUAGCUCAGGGAGCGUUCAGAACAGGUGAUGGUUAUUUGACCAUAAUCAUUUGGGCUCGGGCAUCUGGAUGGGUUUAGAUUCAAAGACUGACCCGCUGGAGUGAGCAGCCACAAACAGAGUGGUCAUGGGUUUAUUUUUUGGUUAGUUGUUGUUUUUGUUUAUAACUAAUGUUUCCAGUACCUAAAGCUUUGAGCAGGUUUUGGCAGUGGUUUCUACUUUCUAAUUAACAGAAGAGGUUGUCUUGAAGGUUCUUCAUUACAGAAAUGUAGUUUAUUUACAGUGUUUUUGUUAGUCCACUCUGAUUGAUUGGAAAUGGCUGAUGGCCAUUAGAUUAUUUUUUCUUUUUUACAUGCAUAGAUCAUGCACAGCAAUGAGUAACACAGACUUCUGUUAGCGCAGACUCAUUCGCUCAAUUUUAUUAAAUGAUGUUCGACAUACAUUUAGUUCCUAAUUAACGUUAAACUGUAAUCUUUUGUUAACACCCAAGGGUUUUUAUGGACAAUUCUUUACUAGUACUAGCCAUUCCGAGCCUGUGUUACACUGAUCCAGCAUAUCACAACGGACACGAGGAAUUCUGUUUUCUGCUGGUUGGAAUAUUCAGAAGAUGAACUGACAAACCAAAUGGCCUGACCUUAUGAGGUCAAACGUACUGCAGAUGGAUUCUGCACACCAACCUAAUGUUUUGGAGUGGUUAAAAAGGGCUUAUCGGUGUAGCAUAUGGUUGGCAGGGACGGGUAAGACUCACUGGAGCCAUUAAACCGAAUCAGUGUGCUGCUCAACUCACAGCGACUACUGAGAUGCAGAGAUAGAUAACCUUCUGAAAACUUAAUGUAGACCAUGAUUAUUCCUUUUCCAUUACAUUAUCAUGCAUAGUUACUUCAAUCUCCAAUCUAAUAUGCUGUAGUUUCGUGUUUUUCUUUUUUUAUUCUUCUUGUUUUACUUGGAUGGCUGACGUUGUUUGGCAGUUCAUUCUUGAAAAUUUAAUAUACAUGCACAACCUAAUUCUCAGUUUGAUGCUCGAUCCGUGUGUCAUUUUUGUCCCUGAAUAGAAAAGUAUAGUGCUAUGUAUCUUACAAAAUCAAUGGUUGAAAUUGUCACAGAAAAAUAACCUUCUUUCUAAGAUCAUUGUUAUGUUUAGUUCUAUAUACACCUAUUCUUCAGUGAGGAUAGUUCUAUCAACUUUUAUUCACACGUACUAAGUAAUUGAAUUCAAAUGUUGAUAUUCCUUGUUUGUGUGAUUGUUUAAAAUGAUCUAGCAGGCUGUUUUUACAGUUUUGUUGUACCUCACUUGUACAUUGUCAAUAUAUUCAGAUAGUCUGAAAGCACCUAAACCUGUCCCAUCUACAUCAAGAGUGAUCGGCAAUGUGUGCGAAACAACCUUAUUUUGGUAUUAAACUGAACCGUAUCACAGCAGUAGCUCUGAAAAAAGGGACUAGGCAAAUGAGAACCCUUUUGUAACGUCUUAUUAUGCUCCGUAACAGUGCAAAUGCCCAGGGUGACCAUGUACAAUUCAGGUUUUACUGAUCUUAAAAACCACUUUUAUGAAAAACAUGGGUUGUAAGGAAACAAUAACAGAAACUAACAUCACAAAAAACUACCAUAAUUUCCAUGAUUGAUUAAUACAGUUGGUUUGCUGUGGCGUUCUUGCCCUGUCUGUGCAAAUGAUUAAGACUUUGUUUCCUAAAUCAGUUUCCCGUGUGUAUGUCUUUAUACCAUCUUUCUGUCAGCUUGUGAAGUUGCUAAUGCUCAUGAGUUUUUCCUCAAGCUCUUUUUGAUUUCUGAUCUGAUUUGUCCAUUUUAUUCAAAGUAAUUACCUAUCUUUCACAGGGGCUUGAAAAUACAAGUGUGUUAAUGCAGGUCUUUUACCUUCAUCUGUUCAUAUUUCCCAAGUUGGCUGAGCAGCCAAACUCAGACAGUUCAACUUAAACGUGGUAUAACACUUACUGAAAAACAUGCAUUGUUUAACCUCACUGUUCUUCCUGAUGAUUUGUCAUUGCUUAUCAUCUUUUUGUGCACAUAUGAAGUGUGAUGAGGGCAUGGACAGAUUCUAGUAAUCACCGUAAUGAGCGUUUCCUCUCGCUGCUCUAAGCUUUGUUUUCUCCAAACUGAAAUGAUGAAAUGAUUUUCUAACAGAAUGUUAUUACCUGAGGCAGAGUUUAAUGCAAAGUUGAUUGUGGUUCUAAUUGAUGUGUACCCUCUCAGCUCAGUGGACCUCGUUGCUAUGAUGAACAUUAGUCUUCAUUAUAGAAAUGCAACCUUAUGUUUUAACGCCUUAAGUCCUUGGAUAUAGCUGCUUUAUAUGUAUAAAGUAAAAAUAGACUAAAUUUAUUGUUCUGUGAGAGUAUAUAUUUAUCUGAUAAAAUGCUGAAAAACUUGGAUGACUCGAAGCCUAUUCUUUAUACAGAAAAGGAUUUUCCUAAAACAGGGAACCUCCAUAUCGUUGGUCUUUUAUUAUUCAGCUUUUCUUUUUCUUUUUUUAAUAGAUCAGGGUUGACCCUGUAAAUAAACACUGAAUCUGAUCUUA